GCCAUUGGUAAAACAAAUUCGUUCUAGACGCGCAUGUAGAGUUUGUCUUGUUUGUAUUUAUGAAGAAAGACUAUAAAUUAGUUACAUCUUUACAAAAUAUAUAAACGGUAAUAAAAAUUUCAAGUAAAUAAAUAAAAAUUAUUUAUAGUAAAGCAAAUAUAUUCAAACAAUUCAAGUAUACCUCAAGUCGAACAAACAAUCGAAAAUCAGUUUGUCGACACCCAUCUCUGAGAAGAUUCUGAGACGCACGUGAAUUUAGCGAGGAGAUUUAGUUUUGCGUUCUGCUGUUGACCAGAGAUCAUAAAUUUUUGCAUCUUAUAAAAAAUAUAAGCAGUAAUAAAAAUUAUCAAUUAUUUUGUUUAGAUUUUUAUGAAAAAUGGGACAAUUCGCAGUGGUUAGGCUAGAAGAUAAAAAUGAUGAUAAAUGGGCGGCAGUUCCUGAAUCGUGGGUUACUAAAAAUGAAGACCAAUGUUGGUGGCCAGAUAAUGAUGUUUACUUUAAAACUGUAUUUGAAAUUAUAUUUAAUGGCUCUUCUAAGGGAUGGAAUUUGCGUCCUGUUGGAGAUGUCUAUGAUACUGACUAUGAAACACUUCAUGAUGCUGAAGAAAAAGCGGCUGAUCUUAAUCGUCAAGAUUUAGAAGACAAACGAUACAGUGAAACUGACAUAAAGUUAAACGCUAUGGACUUCAAACUUAAUUCAAAUUACGCUGCUUUGUAUUACAAGCAAGAAGGAAUCACAAAGGACAUAGAAGAGAUAAAAAAAAUAUUAGAAGCCUCGAAAAAUCAAGUUGAUGUAAAUAAAUCAACUUUAGGAGCUUUCUUGCCUAUCAAGAAUCCCGAAGAUCUGAGGAAAUUUGAAACACUUUUCAUGACUGAGGGCUGGUUAUCUCAAGCUUUGAAAGAACUGAUUAUCAUUUUAACUGAUGAUGAAAACAUCAAUCAAAGUAUUUCUAAGAUUCUGGGAGCGGUUUUUUCAAAUCAGUUAGCAGCUCAGUGUUCCUGGGAUGGACAGAGCGGGAUUAAGAUCAAUGACUUGUCAAUUAUAAAAAUAAUUGAUGUGACAUUGAAAACUAUUAAUGCCAACUAUGGAGGAUUCGAAAGAGAUGUGACUCUUUGGUUUCAGAAUAACAGAAAAUCAGUCAUAACACCAGAUUGAAUUGAAAUUUAUUUAUUUUUGUACUAAGAUGAUUAUUUCUUAAUCAAAAUUAUGAAACAGUUUUUAUAAACCUGAUAAUUGAUUUAUUAAAAAUUAUU